UACCAAACGGAGAGAGAGAGAGAGAGAGAGAGAGAGAGAGGGGAAAGAGGCAGCAAAUGCGACAGACACUUGUGACCUUGUUUGGAUAUGACUUUGGGACCCCCACUUCCCUUCUUCCUCUUCUUCUUCUUCCUCCUCCUCUUCUCCAUCCAUUCCCACCCAAACCCACACAUUCCCCUCUCUCUCCUCUAGUCUAGAGAGAGAAAUUCAGAAACUGGUUUCCCCCUGAGGAGAGAGAAAGAGAUCAGCAAAAUGUCUAAAACCACCACCUCCGCAACAACAAUGGAAGAGGAGGAGAGAGAGAGACAGACCUACUGGUGUCACGAGUGCGACAUGAGCGUUUCUCUCUCCUCCUCGUCCUCAUCCCCUAUCCAAUGCCCUCACUGCUCCGGCGACUUCCUCGAGCUCAUGGACUCCCCUCUCUCUCCUCUCUCCUCUCCUCUCCCCUCUCUCCUCGACCACGCCUUGCUCCGCCGCCUCAUCCACCACCUCUCUUCCUCCGAGGAGGACGGCGGUGAUUUCUCCGUCGAAGACGACAGUUCCGGUCCUCUUCCGGCCUCCAAAUCCUCGAUCGCUGCCAUUCCGACGAUUGAGAUCUCCGACGUCGACCUCUGUUGCGCCGUCUGCAAGGACCGAUUCGUCGCCGGCGCCGCCGCCAAGAGGCUCCCCUGCAGCCACCUCUACCACGCGGACUGCAUUCUCCCAUGGCUUGAGCUGCAUAACUCCUGCCCUCUCUGCCGAUUCCGCCUUCCGUUGGAGGAGAAGAGUAAAAGCAAGAAAAGCCCCGAUCUUGGCGAGGUUUUCGAGAGCUCCGAGGAGAUGGUUCUGAUGGCAGAGGACUGGUUUGAUUACGCCAGUACAUUGAGAUACAUUGCGAGGAGGCACAAUCUGGUGUUUUCUGAGGUGGAAGAGGAGGAGGUUGAGAAUGACGGUGGUGCUGGUGCUCGUCCCGUCGCGGUGUCGUCGAGCUCCGUCUCCGAAAAUUCAAGGUAAAUGCAUUCUAGAGAAACAUUGCCAGAGUUUCGCGACCGGAGAUUUUUCUGACGUGUAAAGAUGAUUAUAGUACAUAUUAUCUUUCUACAUUUUGAUUGGCACAGUGCCCUUGUCGGACGAGCUGGCAACUUAUUUUGUGACAAUUGUGAAUUGUUACUCUCCCUCCAAUGCUUGGGAAAAAAAAAAAAGCCCGAGAAAGAAAGGUUGAAGUUCGAAGUAUCUGUAGAAGAUAAGGGGUCAAAAUUGUGUAGAUGUACUCUAAUUCCGGUUAAUAAAGAGGUUAUUUCCCAUUGUUCAACAA